AUCAAAUGGUGUGCAAUUCCGUGAAGAAACGAUGGAGAUAUGCCCAAAAUACGACAGGCUGUCCAAUUGUGACGAGAAUGACAAAGUUGGCGAAUUUCGAUGUUGUUUCCACUCCCGCUCAUCCGUAAGGUUUCGGCCUAUGAUUUCCAGGUCUGUACCCUUGCGUUAGACUUGUCGAAUCAUUCAUCACAUUCGUACAUGAACAUAUAUAUUAUUCCAUAUGUUGAAAUCAUCCCAAAAUAUAUAUGUGAUACAUAUCUAAGUCAUCCAUGUGUUGAAAUUAAAAUACACCAAAUUCAUAAAGUUAAUAUACACAUAAGAAGAUACUGUUAGCCUUGGUUUGCUAAGUCUCAUGUUUUGAUGUUAACAAACAAUAUAAGAGCUUAACGUUUGUUUAAGUGUUUCAGGAAAACAAGAAUCCAUUAAGAUUCGGUACUCAAGAAUGAAGUCGAAACACUAAAACUAGCGUAGAAUAUAGGUAGAAACCAAUGUAAGGAUAUGACUUUAUAUACCUAUAUUCACAAGCUCAAAAGCACUCACAAAAUAUGUUUAAAACCAUCACAUAAACACUUUCAAAAUAUCUAAAAGGUUUUAAACUCAAACACGAAGGAUUAAGGGAAUUUUGGAAAAAUCAGAACAGAGUCACGGUACCUCUAGCGGUACGCCACACGGUAGGGUAUACCGCCUACACGGUACCCCCAUACCGUGUAACGGUACCGACGGUAGGCGUAGACGGUUGGCCGAACCUGUCCUAACCAGGAUUAUCUCUGGAGGAUAAAAGAAAGUUAUCAAUGAAUGCAAAGGCAAUCAAUAUUCUCCAUUGCUCUCUCGGCCCUGAUGAGUUUGCACGAGUAUGUUCAUGCAAAACGGCCAAAGAGGUAUGGGACUUGCUUCAAGCCACGUAUGAAGGAGACACCUCCACGAAGCAAACCAUGAUUGCCCUAAGAAACUCGGAGUACGAAUCCUUCAAGAAAGGGCCAUGUGAGACAAUCCAAGAUAUAAACAAAAGAUUCAACGAGGUUGUCAACAAAUUGA